AUGUUGAGAACAUUGAGCACCCGCAGAAGCCACAGCAAGUAUGAAAAACUAGCUGACAAUCCUGAACCUUCUUCAUCCGAUCUUCUGGGAGGAGACAGUGAUUAUGAGCUUAAAAGGACCAACACCAUGCCAAUUCGAUUUCCAGGUUCCGAUAGAGGUCAGAAGGUGGCCGCGGAGCAGAGCUUGACAUCAGUCCCGGCUGUGAAACCGGCGAUGAAGGUUAACAAAAGCCACCCACUUUUCAGCCUCUUCGAUCGACGGCGCCAGAGCAAGAGGACCACUUCGAGGCCGGAGUUCGCUAGGUACAUCGAGUAUGUGAAGGAAGGAGGACUGUGGGAUAAGAACUCUGGCGUGCCUGUUAUGCACUACAAGUGA